AUGGCAAAUCUCCUCCCAAUGCUGGAACUCAAACUAAAUGAAACCUUCUCACCAGUCCUGUUGCAACCCUUUUCGCUCAGAUAUUUACUUCCUCUUGCCAUAUUCAUCAUUCUGUUUUACAGAUGGUCUUCUUCUCAUACCAAAUCACCAUCUGCACCACCAUCUCCACCAAAACUGCCCGUGAUUGGAAAUCUCCACCAAAUAGGGUUGCUCGCACACCGCUCUCUUCAAACCCUAGCACAACGCUAUGGCCCUGAUCUAAUGCUCCUUCAUUUCGGAAGCAGGCUGGUCCUUAUCGUCUCGUCGACCGAGGCUGUCUCCGAGAUCUUCAAAACCCAUGACCUCGCCUUCUCUGACAGACCCAAGCUUAUCAUCUUCGAGAAGGUAGUGUACAAUUAUAGGGACAUCGUGGGGGCGCCUUACGGUGAGUAUUGGAGGCAAGUGAGAAGUAUAUGCGUCUUAAAUCUGUUGAGCUACAAAAGAGUUCGUUCUUUUGGUUCUGUGAGACUAGAGGAAACGAAGCUCAUGAUGAGCAACAUUGAACAGUCAUGUAGUACUGAAACAAUCUCCUCCCCCUCCUCCUCCUCCUCGUCAUCAUCGGUUUUAGAUUUAAGCGAAAUGUUUACAAAGCUUACUAAUGAUGUUAUUUGUAGAGUUGCUCUAGGUAGGAAGUAUAGUGAUCGGGCGGAAGGUCGUGGGAGGAUGUUUAUGGAGCUUUCUACAGAGCUGUCACAGAUGUUCACAAGGGUCAACAUUGGUGACUAUAUCCCAUGGCUUGCUUGGUUCACCCGUGUGAAUGGUUUGGAUGCAAAACUAGACGAUCUGGCUAAGAGGGUGGAUGGCUUCAUGGAUAUGAUUAUUCAAGAGCAUAUGGAUAAAUCAAACAAUGGAAAUGAUGAUGAUAAUCACGAGGACGAAAAAGAUUUUGUGGAUGUUUUGCUUUCGGUUCAGAAAGAAAAUGCACUUGGUUAUCCUAUUGAUCGAGUUAGCAUCAAGGCUAUCAUCCUGGAUAUCUUUGUGGCUGGCACUGAUACAACAUCUACCGCCCUAGAGUGGGCAAUGUCUGAACUUUUAAGAAAUCCACAGGUGAUGAGGAAAUUGCAAAAUGAAGUAAGGGAAAUUGUUGGAAAUAAAAAGAAUGUCACGGAGGAAGAUUUAGUUAAAAUGCAUUACUUGAAGGCAAUAACUAAAGAGACUUUUCGGUUACAUCCACCAUUUCCGUUAUUAUUGCCUAGGAUGUGCAACAAAGAUGUGAAAAUUAAAGGUUACAACAUCAAUGCUAAUACCCAAGUUAUGGUUAAUGCAUGGGCGCUUGGAAAAGAUCCUGCAUCAUAUACAGAUCCGGAGCAGUUCAUACCAGAAAGGUUCUUGAAUAGUACCAUAGAUUAUAAAGGGAAUAACUCCGAACUAAUUCCAUUUGGUGCUGGCAGACGGGGUUGUCCUGGAAUUCAGUUUGCUAUGGUUCUUGAAGAGCUUGCGUUGGCAAAUAUUGUGCAUAAGUUUGAUUGGGCUUUGCCUCAUGGUGCAAAAGUGGUUGAUUUAGACAUGACUGAAACUUCAGGCGCAAUUGCCCGCAGAAAAUAUCCUCUCAAGGCAAUUGCUACUCUAUUUAAGGAGAACUGUGAGAAAAUGGGGGACUCUUCUUCUUAG